GGGGCAAAAGAAAAGAGAAGACAUCAUUUUGCUCUAAAGAAGAUCGAGAAGAAUCAAAGAGGACAAAGUCGUGAGUUGUAGAGUGGUACACUACAGGAUAUCCUUAAAGCUUAAUCGUCUAAAUUAGGGUUAUCAACAAACGGAUUCAUCAAGAUUCUCUCCACCCAACGAUGAAGCUCAAGCAAUUAGAGUCCUUACUCGGUGAAAUUCAGCAGUUCUCCAAUCCAAAGAUUCAGCUGGAGCAGUACCCUACUGGACCUCACAUUGCUUCUCGCAUGUUGUACACCGCAGAGAAUUCUUUUGGAGAUGUUAGUGGCAAGGUAGUGGCUGAUUUGGGUUGUGGUUGUGGUACAUUGGGAGCUGCAGCCGCAAUAUUGGGUGCAGAACAUGUUACUGGAAUUGACAUCGAUCCCGAUUCUCUUGAAAUAGCAUCUUCAAAUGCAGAGUAUCUUGAGUUCGAAAUGGACUUGGUUCAGUGUGAUGUGAAGAACUUGGGAUGGAGAGGUCGGGUUGUUGAUACAAUUGUAAUGAAUCCUCCAUUUGGAACACGACGAAAAGGUGCAGAUAUGGAGUUCCUUUCUUCAGCUUUGAAGUAUGCGUCCAAAGCUGUUUAUUCUUUGCACAAGACCUCAACAAGAGAUCACAUAAAACGCGCAGCUUUGCGAGAUUAUGGAGCCGAAAGUGCCGAGGUUUUGUGCGAGCUUCGGUACGAUGUGCCCCAACUUUACAAAUUUCACAAGAGAAAAGAGGUCGACAUUGCUGUAGACCUUUGGCGAUUUGUACCAAGAAGUCACCGAGAAAAUGAUGUCUAGUAGUGAUCUGCAUGAAGUUUGUGGCACGUCUCUGAUGCACGUAAAGUGAUCACAUCAAAUUUCUGUUGGUGUUCACAUAUUUCUUGCUAAAAAAAUUGUGGUACUUAGUUCUUAGGUCUUAGAAUUCAUUGGAAAAGCCUUCACCCCCUUUCCCCGCCAUUUUCGUUUGUUUAACUGCUUCCCGUCAACGGAUAUGGAAUUUUCAUUGUAAAACAGUAACCCUUGUGAAAAAGAACUGUAAUGGUUAGAAAAGGAAGAAAAGAAAUUCUACGAAGCCAAAAUUUUCGGAAACGAUUUUUUUUUUCCUUUUAAUAUUGUAAGUUAAAUGAAGUAACACCCUUGAAAUU